GGGAGAGGGGUCGGGGCGGGAGGGCCGGGGAAGAAACCCCGCUCCUCUGCCCGGCGCAGCAGGGUCCCUUUCCAACCCUUCCCGCCCCAGCUGGGAAAGAUGCCCCUCGAAGUGGUAGUGGAGCUGCACAUUCGCGCGAUCACCUGUCCAGGUGUGUUUCUUCCAGAGAAGAAAGGACUUUUACUCAGUGUCUGCAUCCUUGAUCAAUACAGGGAGACAAAAUGCUUUCCUGCAGUGUUCCCCCUUAUGAUUCACGAGGUUAUGAAGUUUGAUAAGAUAUUUAUAAAUGCACUUGAUCCAGCUGCUGUAGCGGAGCUUCUAGAAACUUAUAUGAUCAAGUUUGAACUAAUACAGCUAAUACCUCCAGAGGGGACAUUGUUGGCCUACUAUGAAGAAAACACACGGGACUUUCUGUUCCCUGAACCCAGGCUGACUCCUCUAUACCCUGGCGUAGACCGAGAAGUGCUAAUGAAGACACCUCUAGGCUUCCCAGGCAUCUCUCCAAAAAUAGAGUUUUCUACAAGGACAGCCAUCAAAGAACUCAGUUGUCCAUUAAAAAGAUUUUUUGAAGAAAGAUUGAGACAGUUGAGGCCAGCCUCUGCUUCAGGUUGUAGACAAGUGCUCGGUCCCCAUUUACAGAACUUAAGAACCAAGAUAAAGGAGAAUACAUGUGAAAAGCUUAGCAAAAGCUUAAGGUCUCGUUCUCCAUCACCACACAUGAUCCGGCGUCUUUGCCAGGAGGAGCGGCCAGUGCAGCGGAGUGCUGGAUCUCGUGGUUUCAAACCCCCACCAGAAACCAAACCUCCAUUUGUAGUUAGACAUGUAGACAGUUCAAAGCCAUUUGGUGAACAAACUUCUUUAAAACCACACACUCAAAAGUCCAGGAAAAAAGCCGACUUUACAUGCUUUGAUUUUCCACUGAAAAGAGCUUCUUCUCUUGACAGCAUUGCAGCUGAUAUGAAGUUUUUAAGGGAUCAAGAAGAAUGGAAUGCUCGGAGGCGUGAAUUGCUAUCUCCGUAUUCAGAUAGGUUUGGAAAUAUCUUGUCUGGUCAUGGUAACCAAGGGGAUUCCAAUUUUCACCAGACAACUUCAUUCACUGCCCAUCACCACCGAUCACCUAGUCCACAUCUGAGUUAUUGCCUUCACCAACACAGGUUGUGCUGCAGCCCUCACUUCGAUUGGGAGAAGAUUCAUGAAAGGGUACGGGAUCUUCUGACCUCUCGAAAAGCCCGACAACGACUCUACCUGGGAGUAACCGACUCUGAAGUUGAUGAAAUCCUUGGAAGAAGGACCCCCUGUUUAAGGCGCUCCCCACUACACAAACCUUUUGAGAGCAGAUAUUUCUAAGUAAUUGUCACUUGUAUAGGACUCUGUGUGUUAUGGUGUUCCUAACUGUACAGUGAAAAAUGAAUGAGAGCAAUAGGGGGAGUGCGAAGAACUCAUUUAAAGUAACAGUACAUACACUCAUUUAGAGCUGAACAGCCUUUUGUGUUAUCUUUAACAAGUCAUCUUGUUCUGUCUGUUUCCCUUUGAAUGAAAUCUUGUACUGUGUAUUUUUACCAGGUAAGAGUUGUUGAUUAAAAUGAUUGGAGUUUGGGGCUUACAUUUUCAGUGUCAAUUUAGAAACUAUUUUUUUUUUUGUGGGGAGCAAUGAAAUAAGAACAAAGUAUGAUAAUGUGGUGGGAAAGGCCUUGGCAUUGAAGAAAAGAGGCUUUUCUGAGUAACAUUGUCAGAAUAGUUAAGACCCCAGGACAGGUGUACCUCUCUUUAGGUAACAGAUAUGUAUCUUUCAAAUGUCAAUAAAAUUUUUAAAAGAAGUUGAAUUAUAUUUUAAGCAUAAUAGAAUAGGACUGCUUGUUCCUCUAGAGAAAUCCUGGUUAAAGAGUAGUAUAGCGCAAAGAGCAUUACAUUUGAAAUUAGAACACUUAUAACUUGUCUGACCUUUCUCUGAUAUCAACUCCCUGGGUGGCUUUGAGCAAGUCUCUUAAUCUCCAUCUCAGUUUACUUUUCUGUCAAAUGUGGGCUAGGUUCAAAUCCUAGCUCCAAUACUUGCUAACUCUAUGACCCUGCAGAUAGUACUUUUAGGUGAACCAAAUGCCUUCUCCUCAGUCAUCCUAUGAAAUAGGUAAUACAAAUUUUUUUAUCCCCAUUAUAGAGAGGGGGAAGCUAAGACUAAGAAUGGUGAAGUCACUUGUCCAUGGAUGAGAGGGAACCUGUAUCCCCUAAUUCCAAGUUUCAGGCUCUUUCUGCUUUGCUGUCCUGACUCAGUGUUACCUACCUCACAGGGUUGUUGUGGGGAAGGCACUUUGUGAACUUUAAAACACGGUGUAAAUAUGAAUGAAGAAGAAUAGUCAUAAUAUAGAUUUUCAUGCAUCUGAUAUUCUUGAAGUGAGGUACACCUGUAUUAAAAGUGCAAAGUCAUAGGAGUCACAAGAGUCCGCAGCAUCUAUAGUCCAGUUCUCCCUUUGAAGUCAGAAUUCUCUUCUGACACAUUUAUAAAAUGAGGAAAAACAAUUCCUUCCCGUAUACUAUAGCCUUAAGCUGAGACAGAUGGUUGGGGCACUCUUUCAUUGUUCAGAAGCUCAAGCAUUUCAGCACAUGAGCAGUUAUAGAUCAGUGCAGGAUUUUUAGGGAGUGAAUGGGGCAUCCUUUCCUGAGUCUGCCAUUCAGGAGGUGAUGCGUAGGUGUCUAUCUACAUGGCAUCACCAGUUGGAAACGGAAACCAUUUUCUUUACCUCCCUUUAUGAUAUAUGGAACUCCUUCCCUCUUAGCAUUUUAAUUGAUUGAAUACAAAAUUCCUUUCCUCCCUUAAUGGAUCUAUUCCUUCUGAGGUAAAUGAGGAAAAUAUUCCCUUUCCAAUUUCUGCCCCCCCCCCCGGCCCCAGCCAUUCAUCUUCUCCCUGAAACUUAGCAUCAUGAGUAGCUUACAU